AUCUUGGCUUCUGGUUAGAGCCGUUGUCAAUUGUUGAGGGUGCACGGGCCCAGUAGUAACGAUGGGAGAGUUGUAGGGUGCGCACUCGCAUGUCGAGUCCCAUCUCGCAACUGAAAGGCCGUGAGAGAAUUACUGCUUGUACCAGCAACGGUUAGAAUUAUGUCGGCAAACAUCGCACCCAAAAACAGAGAACUCGGACGCGACAGAGCCGUACUCCAGAGGUUUCAUAUGUGGUGCGGAAACCAGCUAUAUGGCUUUCAUUGAUUCUACCUUCUCACAUAACAGCACUCUAUAGGGGAAAGUAGCCCCGAGAGUGUCCCCACUUGAAAAAUACGAAAGCCAGUCAGAUAAACGGACAUUACGUUAUUACAGCAUUUAUGAAAUGGCACUGGUAUCGCUGCAGACGCCGCUGGAUUGAAUAAGUGCCCUGGACCUGUAAAACAUUUCACCGUAAUCGACAUCUGUAAAGGUGUGCUUCCAGACUCAACGAUGCACCAAAGACCACAGAAAAGAUCACGUUCCUUCUGUGUUAUGGAAUGCACCUUAGAGUGAUAGUAAAUCCACUGGAUAGAUUGAUCAGGCGCAAUUAAGUCGGAAAACGGAUACUUCCUUUCAAAAUGUGUGGCGGUAGUUUCUGUCAAAGCGAGCUGAACAAGCCAGGAGGUCAUCGCUCUGAAGCUUCAGUCGGCAGGUGUACACCACAUCUGGCAGUGACCUGUAGUCUAUGUAUUGGACUAUUUUUCUGCGUCUUUGGAAUGGUGUCCUAUGCUGCCUUUGGACCAAUUUUAAGGCAGCAAGUCAAAGCGAAUUUGAUAAUUGACCCAUCAAAUGAAGUUUACGAAAAUUGGAAAGAAACGCCCGUACCGAUUUACGUCAGCAUGUUUCUGUUCAACUACACAAACCCUGAUGACAUUAUUCUCGGUGCUAAACCAAAACUGCAACAAUUAGGUCCGUUUGUUUACAGAGAACGUCGCCAAAAGGUCAAUAUCACCUUCAACGGAAACGGUACUGUAUCUUAUCGGCAACUAUUGUCGUAUGAGCAUUUACCGGAGCUAAGUGCAAGCAGCCUUGACGUCAAGUUGUACACGCUCAACGUCCCAAUGAUCGGAGCAGCUUACAAGAAUAGAAAAACGCCUUCAAACGAAGAACAGCCUAUGGCUUCUGCACUUGAGGAAAUGUUCAGUAAAAUGAAUCAGUCUCUCUUAAUUCACAGGACGGUACGCGAACUUCUGUUUGACGGUUACGAAGACCAGAUGCUCAAGCUUGCCAAGCAAUGGAGCUGGUCUCCAACAACGCGUUUUGGGUACCAGAUUGAUCGUAACAAUAGCAACGAUGGGAUCUACACCGUAUUUACGGGAGAAAAUGGAAUGGCCAAUUACGGCACAAUAGAAAGCUGGCAGGGAAGACACCGUGUAAUAGGCUUUCGUAAAUCAUGUAGCUUUAUCAAUGGCACAACUGGCGAAAUGUGGCCACCGUACACGCUCACGUCAAAGAGUUCGCUUCUAUUUUUUACCUCGCCUCUCUGUCGGUCUCUUCGGCUGGAUUUUCUCCGCAACGAAGUUGUCAAAGGGAUCCAGGUUCUGCGAUAUCACCUUAAUGAGCGCCUGUUUGACUACAGCAUUGAGGAGAAUCAGUGUUUUUGUUCGAAAAAGAAAGGCAAGGAUCCCGAAUGCUUCCCGAACGGUGUCCUUGACCUCAGUAGGUGUCAAUCUGAUGCACCAAUCGUGGUAUCCCUUCCUCAUCUACUCUAUGCCUCCCCGUCCAUUACUGAGGCAGUAGAAGGCCUUUCUCCAGAUCCGCAGUUACAUGAAUUUUUUAUGGACGUCGAGCCGUCCAUGGGAAUUCCUUUAAGAGUGUCUGCUAAAGUACAAAUGAAUGUCAUUGUUGAUGCCUUCAAAUACUUCAAAUACUUCGAAAUGUUCGAGACAAGGAAAUUCCUGCCGACAUUCUGGAUCGAAACUGCCGCCGUAGUCAACGAUGAUUUUGCCUUUAAGAUCCGUCUCGUUGUCCAGGAUCUAGGUAGUUACGUGAGCUUCGCUUCAUAUGCCUGGGUGCUUAUUGGACUAUUCAUCAUCAUGUUUACUCUUGGCUACGUUAUAGCGCAUACGCGAAGAUCGAGAAUGGGACAACCUUCGCCUUACGGCUACAGUACUAUCAAAAUGGCCGAAGUCGUUACUGGUCGUUGAAUUUCUUUAUCGAAAGGCAGACUAUACGCUUCCUGAUGAUUUCUUUCGGCGUCCAAAAGCAUCGGCAAGAGUAAUAGACGCGUUUCGCGCAUAGGUCUUUUAACAUUCUCGCGCGAGCAACUAGACUAAAGUCAUUGACAUUCCGACGAACCAUAACCAUGUCCUUUCAUGUGCCGCUAAGGAAAAAGUUCAGCGGGAAAAAGGAUCGUUUGUGAACGUCUCGGGGGGUUGUCGACUAAUAGUUUUUCGUUGAGAAAAAUAGCAAAAUGCUAUUGGCACCGAGAGAUUACCGAAUUUUUAGCUAGUGACACAAGUUUCAUACUCAUUUUAUACGUUCUUAUCUAGCAGAAGCUAAUGUAUAAAUGCUCAAUAUUGUCAAGGUGAGUAGGUAUUGUAAAUAGAAAAUAUUAAAAUGAGUAGUAUUCCUACUAUUGCACAGUUUGUUAUGCCACAAAAUAAUCCGUGUUCCCAACUUGACAUUUAUACAAUGAGCCGAUUUUACUGACGCCUAAGUAUUGUAGCAGGAAUGACUGCUUGGCAAUAAAAGGAUGUUUCUGAGAUUUCCAUUCA